UCAUUGUCAUUAGCUCAUUAAAUUAUUAAAGUUUCAAUUCAGUCCGCUACUGUACUGUUCAUCUAUCAAUAUCAAUGGGCGCUUUAGUUUAGAACUAUUUAAAUUUUAAAUAAUCAGUGGAACGUAGAUCAUCAGUGUGUCUGGUCUGUCUCGCGGAAACGCGCGUGCAACAUGUUAUUUAUACUAUCAAUAGUGGCGGUCAUUGUAAUAACAAUCAGUUAUCUAAUUUCUUUGAUUAUAAAACCGGCUAAAUUUCCUCCUGGCCCUUUUUGGUAUCCAAUUGUCGGUACAGUACCGAUUCUAAAAAAAUUAUCGAGAUCCCUUGGAGGACAACAUCUAGCGUUAUUAAAACUAUCGCAAAUUUAUAACACAAAUGUUCUGGGGCUGAAACUAGGCAAAGAAAACGUGAUUGCUGUAUUUUCUUACGAGGCGGUAAAAGAGGUUCUCACUGGAGAAGAAUACGAGGGAAGGCCAGAUAAUUUCUUUUUGAAAUUAAGAUGCAUGGGAACCAGGAGAGGAGUUACAAUCACAGAUGGAGAACUAUGGAAGAUCCAAAGACACUUCGUAUCUACCCAUCUACGAAAUUUGGGUUUUGGUAAAAAACCCAUGGAACACAUGAUACGUAAUGAAGUAGACGAUCUACUUUUGAUAUUGAAGGAAAAUGAAAACAAAGAAAUUAGAAUUGGCGGUAUUUUAGCUGUAUCAGUUUUGAAUGUACUAUGGGCACUCUUGGGAGGUUCUAGACUAAAUAGAAAUGAUGUACGUUUAAAAAGAUUAUUAGAAUUUCUGGACGAAAGAUCUAAAGCAUUUGACAUGGCCGGCGGAACACUCAACCAAUUUCCUUGGGUGAGAUUUAUUGCACCAGAAGAAUCGGGAUUUAAUUUAAUAAAAAGACUCAACGCAAAAUUGAAAGAAUUGUUAUUAGAAACUAUUGAACAACAUUAUUCAACAUGGCAACAAGGUAGCGACGAUGAUCUUAUUUACGCAUUUAUAUCGCAAAUAAAAAAUGCUAAUGGUAAAGAGACAACCUUUACAGAGGAUCAACUGAUAAUGAUCUGCCUAGAUAUAUUCAUAGCAGGAUCACAAACCACAAGUAAUACCUUAGAUUUUGCUUUCCUCAUGAUGAUUUUGUAUCCUGACGUACAAGACAAGGUUCGAAUGUGUCUUGAAAAUGCUUUUGAGAGAACUGAACCAAUAAAUUAUUCGGAGAGGAAGAAGGUUCCAUAUGUAGAAGCAGUAUUAUGCGAAAUACAAAGAUAUUGCCAUGUUACUCCAAUUUGUGGCCCACGAAGAGUAUUAAAAGAUACCGUAUUAGAAAAUUAUUCAAUUCCAAAAAAUACAACAGUAUUAAUAAGUUUAUAUUCAGUACACCAUGAUAAAAAAUACUGGAAAGAUCCAGAGGUAUUUAGACCAGAGAGAUUUUUAGAUUCUAAUGGUAAUUUAAUGUACCAUGAUAGGUUUAUUCCCUUUGGUUUAGGCAAACGAAGAUGUUUAGGAGAUGCUUUAGCAAAAAGUUGUAUAUUCACAUUUUUUGCCGAAAUUAUUAGAAAUUAUAAAAUAACUGAGUAUCCAGGAGCAAAUAAACCAACAGGCAUUCCAAUACCAGGAAUAACUUUGACUCCAGAAAAGUAUAGAGCGAAAUUUACCGAAAACAAUAAAAAUAAAUGUUUUUAAGAAAAUUGUAAAAUAAAUGUACUAGUGUUGUUUAUGUUUUAUUUUUGGUAAUAUUUGUGAAUCUGUAAAUAAAUUUUAUAAUGAUAACGGUUAAAGAUUCAAAUGAAAUGAACAAGAGAAAGAGACAUAUGUUGACAAAAUUGAAUAAGUUAUUAGAUUUCGAAAUGGGGAAUGAUCUAUAUAACAG